AUGCAACGUAGGAAGGAAUCGAAAAUAUCGCAGGACGUUGAGAUGACUGAAGCGUUUCAGCAAACCGCGGCCGAUAUGCUCAAUGAUAUGCACAUGGCGGCCAAUGGAGAUCUGCUUUCCAGCUUCCCACAGGAUUUCCUUGAAGACUCUGGCGAUGGAGAAGUUCACGAGGCGGCCAUCCUCUCCGUUUUCGAUGACAAUUCGAUUAGCCCGCCACCGUGUCCGAUCGUUGUCGACACUGUACCAGACGAUGAUGACAGUCUCUUGUUUCCAAGAAACUCAUAA